ACGUAAUUUUGAGAUUAUUAUAAUACGAAGUGUGUACACAUAUUCAAUAUUCAAUUUUAAAUACAAUCUUUUAAGAUGAUCUUCAGGAUUGAUAUUUCAUAUUUUUUCUGUGCAUGGGAUAGAAACUGACAAUAUGGAUGCAGUAUGGCUUCGGUAUUCUGGCAUGCUCCUGGAAAUAAUUUCGUUUCUGUCGCUUUAAUCUUGUUCUUGCUACAAUGCCCUCAUAUCAGUACAGAAUGCGAUCAAAAGUUUAUAAGCACGCCAGAUGGCCCACUAAAUGGAACCUUUCAUGCUCCGAUGUUAAUUAAUCCUGAAAGAGAUUCCCGGCAGUGCGUGUAUACAUUUUUCGCUGGACCGCGACAACGAGUCGAAUUGAUAUUUAAUUCAUUCGGCCUACGAGGAACACCGCCAGAUGGAGCUGCUGUUGGAGAGUUACCCGCUUGUGUUCAUGAGUAUAUGGACUUGUAUGCAGAAAUACGAUCGGAGAAUACCAGCAAAUUGGUAGAAACACCAUUCGGUGGACGGUUUUGCGGUCCAAUUCCACCUCGCAGGCGUGUUUCUCUUUAUCAAGGAAUCGCUCUUAGUUUCUACACCGAUAAGAAUAUUACGUUGCCUAGCCUGUUCAACGGCACUUACGCAUUUAUCAAUGCAUCUGAAUACGAAAUAGGGACACCAGCUCCUGGCACACCGUGUUCUUUCACGGUAGACUCGGAAUACAAACGUAAUGGUAAUAUACUAUCUCCUACGUAUCCGGGAACAUACCCUAAGGGUCUUACGUGUAGUUACCAAUUUAUCGGAAAACCAAGUCAACGAGUACGUCUUGAAUUCCGAGAUUUCGACUUAUUCUUUGGGGGCCAACAUUGUCCUUUAGAUUACGUGAAAGUGUACGAUGGUUUAAACACUACAUCAGCGGUUAUAGGAACAUAUUGUGGUCAACAACGAAAUUUGGUAUUAUAUUCGUCGGAAUCUAGUUUAUAUGUGCUAUUUGUUACUCUUCAACGUACAGCAAACUCACAAAAUCGUGGAUUCAAGGGAAUCUUUGAAUUUUCCGAGAGUUUUGUUAAAUUGGACUUCAUAACCGCUUACAAGGGUGAGCACAUUCGUGGAUCGGAAUGUGAUCAAAAGAUUUUGAGUGGAAAGGAAUCCUUUGGAGACGUUGUCAGUCCGAACUAUCCAUAUCCGUAUAUACCGAAAGUCGUGUGUCGGUAUUUCAUCUAUGGAAUGCAAGAUUCACAACAUCUCGAGCGCGUUAGAUUAGAAUUCGUGGUAUUUAAGAUACCAAAGAAUAAGACAACAGGAGACUCAUCUUGUCCCGAUGGAUAUUUAAAGUUAUACUUGAAAGGACAAGAAGCGACAGAUUCUUAUGACAAAUUCGAUCACGAAUUGUGCGGUGUGGAAAUCAAUCCGCGCUAUGUAGUUAGCGAUGGCCCGAGGCUCGUGAUGGUAUUCAGUAGUGGUGAAUCUCAAGGGCAAGGUUUUAAAGCACGAUACAGCUUUGAAACGGAAUAUAAAAUACCAGGUACCGCAGCACCUGAUGGUAGCUGUACCUUCACAUACCUCAGUUCCUCUCGCAAGAAAGGAGAUUUUAAUUCUCCACGACAUCCUAGUAACUAUCCAAGCGACACAAAUUGCACGUAUUUAUUCUUAGCAACGCCGAACGAGCAAGUUACUCUAAUAUUUGAUUAUUUUAAAGUUCGAACAAAAAAUACGAAUAUAACGGUUGGACAUUAUGGAGUAGACGUUUGCCAAGAUGACUGGUUAGAGAUAUACAAUAUGUAUCGAGACAGUACAGAAAAACUGAUAGGUAGAUACUGCGGUAGUACUGCUCCAGGGCCAGUGGAAUCUAAUCUCGGCGCUCUCGGUUUAAGAGUAAUUCUGCAUUCGGACUCUGAGUUGGUUUAUAGUGGUUUCAAAGCGCGCUACACAUUUGAAGUAGCAAAACCUAUUUCUGGAGAUUGCGGAUCGAAUAUAAGCAGUGUAAAUUACGGAAUUAUUACUAGUCCGAAUUUUCCAAAUAAAUACGAUGGACCCGCAAGAAAUCUUGCUAGCAAAACUUGCAAUUGGUUUAUAAGAGUCCGACCGAAUCAGCGGAUACUACUAAAUUUUGAACUGUUUUCAGUAGAGGGUGAUCAAUCAGUACGUGGUUGUCCAGCCGCAGUGCUGCGCAUGUGGUAUUCUGCAUCAUCUACACCCAUUGAAUUGUGUGGCGUUAAAACGUCAGACGUUAAAACGUCAGACGUUAAAUGGACUUACCUUUCUGAGGAUAAUAACAUGCGACUUAGCUUCAUAUUGGCUGACAAAGCAGUUGGACAACAAGGAUUUAGGGCCACGUGGACUGAAGUAAGCACAAAUACCGACUGCCAGAAUCAAUUUUUCUGCAGUAAAAGUAAAUACUGCAUUGCAGAGUCGCUUCGGUGUAAUAACAUUUCUAAUUGUGGCCCAGCCGAUACUUCAGAUGAAGAAAACUGUGAUACAGAUGUACAGACGAAUAAUUAUGCUGUCCCCGCGGGUUAUGCCAUCGGUACUGUAUUGAUAGCAUUGAUAGUUUGUCUUUUCUAUCAUCGAAAGCUAAAGAGACGAGUUAAAACUAUGCGUCAUAACGAUUUGCGUGAACGCAUAGAUGAGAGGCAUCAUAAUGAAAAUCUUCUUCAACAUCAUCACCACUAUCAUCAUCAUCAUCAUCAUCGUCAUCGUCAUCAAAAUCAGUAUCAACAACAGCAGCAGCAGCAGCAACAGCAACAACAACAACAACAACAACAACAACAACAACAACGACAACGACAUUAUCAAGAUCUGACCAACGAUUCAAGAUAUCAUCUAGAAUCAUCGACCAGUCCAAUGAGCGAGAGCGAUGUUGAAGAAGCUAGUAGUUUCAACAGUGUGUGACAUCGUGCUACGUAAUUUAAAUCGUGUUUACUAUUUUGUUUUGUUCAUGUCAUGAUUAUAAUAUUUUAUCGAUAAAAUAUCGCAUUUCUACCUCGAUGAUCGAUUUAGCUAUAUCUCCAUUGCAUCAGGGAUCAGAUGAAAGCGACGAUACUCGUUUUUUUUUUUAAAUAACUUGUUACGCGAUAGAAUAU